UUUUUGUCUACUAAUCACUUGAGUUGAUAAUUUUUGAGGCAAACAGUGGGAAUUUGAAAAUUGACUGGUUUUGUCGUAAAUCAGGGUUUGCACUAGGCUGCCUCCCCAAAGUACAAAGCAUUAUAUAGUAGAAUUUCUUUAAUCAUGACUGAAUUGCAGGAUUUCAGCAGUUGCGUGAAAUUCAACCUCUUCAGCUUUUUUGCAUCUACGUAGUUGGUCUUGUUAGAGUGUAAUUUUUGCCAGAGGUCCAGUCUGGUAGAAAGACAACUUCCGGUUCUGCCUGCUGGAGAAUUUCAGUUUAUUUUGAUGUAUAGCAGAAUCUUAAAAAAUUAGUCCUUGUCCCUGAUUUUGACACAGAGAACCUAAAACCCUUGAAAUUUCCUGAACAAUAGGUGUGUCUCUGGGUGCUUAUCCUUAUCUCCUUUUAGGCAGUAUCUGAAUUUGUGUUCAUGAGUUGACUCAGGAUGCCACUCCUCUAUCACUUCAAAAUGGAAACUAUUGACCACACAAGCAACACCUACCUGCUUUGUGUUCACAUCUGCACUGGGGAGUUGGUGACCUUUGAGGAUGUGGCUGUGAACUUCACCCUGGAUGAGUGGGCUUUGCUGGAUUCCUCCCAGAAGAAGCUCUACCAAGAUGUGAUGCAGGAAACCUUCAGGAGCCUGGUCUCUCUAGGAGAAGAAAGAAGCAACCAGACCAAUGAAGAUGCAUACAAAAGUCCUGGGAGAAAUCUAAGAAAUCAAGUGUUGGGGAGACUCUGUGAAGGUAGUGAACACGGAGACAUCUUCAGUCAAACUCCAGAUUAUAUUGAGAACAAUACAAGUCUCUCUGGUGUAAAACCACAUGAAAGCUUUCUGUGUGGAGAAGUCCUCAUUGGUGAUUCAUCACCAAAUGUGCUCCUCAGGACUCACACUGAACAUAUACCAUAUGAAUAUCAGCAACAUGAGAAGGCCGUUAUUUAUUACCAAUGCUUGCAGAAGCAUGGAAAGACCCAUACUGGAGUGGAACACCAUGAAUAUAAGCAAUGUGGGACAAUUUUAACUUGUCCCAGUUCCCUUCCAAUACAUGAAAGGAUUGACACUGGAGAGAAACCAUAUAUAUGUACACCAUGUGGUAUAGCCUUCACUAAUCACAGUACUCUUCGAUACCAUGAAAGGGUUCACAGUAGCAGAAAACCCUAUGGAUGUCAGCAAUGUGGGAAAACCUUUAGUUGUUUUAGUAGCUUGGAAAGACAUGAGCAAAAUCACAAUGGAAAGAAACCCUAUGGAUGUAAGCAAUGUGAAAAAGCCUUCUUUUCUGUGAGUCACUUGCGAAGACAUGAACAAACUCACAACAGACAGAAACCUUAUGUAUGUGAGCAAUGUGGCAAAGCCUUUCAUUUUCCCUGUUCCCUCAGAAAACAUGGAAGAACUCACACUGGAGAGAAACCCUAUGUAUGUAUAGAUUGUGGGAAAGCCUUCAGUGACUCUAGUUCUUUUUACAGACAUAAAAGAACUCACACUGGAGAGAAACCGUAUGUUUGUGAACUAUGUGGAAAAGCGUUCAGUUGUUUCAGUACCCUUAAAGUACAUGAAAGGAGUCACACUGGAGAGAAGCCCUAUGUAUGUGAACACUGUGGAAAAUCACUCAGUUGUCUCAGUUCCCUUAAAUUACAUGAAACAAUUCACACUGGAGAGAAACCCUAUGUAUGUAAGCAAUGCGGAAAGGGCUUUAGUUAUUCCAGUUCCUUCCGAACCCAUGGAAGAACUCACAAUGGAGAGAAACCAUAUGUAUGUAUGCAUUGUGGCAAAGCCUUUAGUUAUUCUUUUUCCCUUAAAUAUCAUGAAAAAACUCACACUAGAGAGAAACCCUCUAUCUGCAAGGAGUUUGGAAGAACCUUUAGUUCCUUCUGUUAUAUUAAAAUAUGUGAAGGAAUAAACAAUGGAGAGAAAUCCUAUGUGUGUAAGGAAUGUGGAAAAUCAUUCAGUCAAACCAGUCAUAUCAUCAGACAUCAAAGAACUCACACUGGCGAGAAACCCUACGUGUGUAAGGACUGUGGGAAAGCCUUCAGUGACUCUAGUUCCUGUCACAGGCAUAAAAGAACUCACACUGGAGAGAAACCCUUCAUAUGUGAACAAUGUGGAAAAGCAUUCACUUGUUUCAGUUCCCUUAAAUUACAUGAAAGAAUUCACACUGGAGAGAAACCUUAUGCCUGUGAACAAUGUGGAAAAGCAUUCAGUUGUUUCAGUUCCCUUAAAUUACAUGAAAGAACUCACACUGGAGAGAAACCCUAUGUAUGUCAACAGUGUGGAAAAUCCUUUGGUUAUUCUGGUUCCUUUCGAGACCAUGCAAAAAUUCACAGUGGAAUAAAACCCUAUGUCUGUAAACAAUGUGGGAAAGCCUUUAGUUACUCUAGUUCUUUUCGAAAACAUGAAAGAACUCACACUGGAGAGAAGCCCUAUGUAUGUAUGCAAUGUGGGAAAGCCUUUAGUUCUUCCUUUUCUCUUCAAAAUCACGAAAGAACUCACACUAGAGAGAAACCCUCUAUACGCAAGGAGUAUAGAAAAGCCUUUAGUUCUUCCCGUUACAUUAAAAGACGUGAAAGAACACGUACUGGAGAGAAACCUUACAUAUGUAAGGAGUGUGGAAAAGCAUUCAGUCGGUCCAGUCAUGUUCUCAGACAUCAAAGAACUCACACUGGAGAGAAACCCUAUGUUUGUAAGCAAUGUGGAAAAGGUUUUAGUUCUUCCAGUUAUAUUAAAAUACAUGAAAAAAUACAUGAAAAAACACAUACUGGAGAAAAAUCCCAUGCAUAUAAGCACUGUGGGAAAGCUUUCAUUCAGUCCAGCUAUGUUCUACUAGAUGAAAGAACUCAUGAGAAAGUAACCCUAACCAAAGACUGUGAUAAGACUUCUUUCUUAAAUUUUUUAUCAGACAUGAACAGUGGAGAGAACUUGUAUUAAUGAAAAGCAUUUGAGGAUGCCUGCAGUCAUUUUGUUUAGUAUAUACAUAUAAAUAAACAUAGCACGGAGAGAAACAUGGGACAGAAGAGAUGUGCAAAGGCCUUUAGUUGACCCAUGUAAAAGUAUUUGCACUGAACAAAAAGGUUGGGAAUGUGAAAAGUACAGGAAAGUUGUCCUUUAAAAGGAACAGAUUCAGUGUCCUCUGAAAAAGCCUUUUUGGACUGGAAUUCUAAAGGUGUGAUUUACUAUGAAGACCUUGAUGCAAAAUAAUUUUGAGUAGAAUGCUCCAGAAAAUGCACUACCUGAAGGAAAUGUACUAGUCAUAAAUUGAUUGUGCUCAUCAGUGACUUUUUUUUUUCCUUUUGGCAUCUUUUUUUUUAUAUAGUGUUUAUUUUCCCAAGUGAAUGCAAGCUCUGAAGGGCAUGGGCGUGUUUUAUAAAUAUUUCUGCCUCCUCAGUUCCAAAGCCUCAGGGGAGUGCUCACUUCUGGAGGGAUGAGAGUGAACAACUCUGAGCCAGGCCCUGGGACUUGGGUCUGAGUCAUCUCUGCCUCUGAUGACUGCCAGCACCCAGUAAGUCUCUUAACUGCCUUGGGCCUCACAUGAAAUAGAGGUGAGACUUUGUUCCACCAAACUCUCUUAAACAACAGGAUGGAUAAGAAAAAGCUUUAGUGAGGCAAGAUGCAAAAUGAGAGGAAUUGAUAUUGUUCUUUUUCAUCAGGCAGAAGGGGUUAUACAGAGUUGGAAUGUUCUUGGUGGAAAAUGAGUGACACAGGAAUUCAGGUACUUCAAGUAGACAUUGAGAUUUCAACCAAAGAGAUUCAAGUUUAGAAAAUACCCUGAAUUUCUUAUUUUGUUUUAGUUGUCUGCCCACCUAGGCUUGGCUUCAUUUUGGCCUGAUGUAAAUUUACUUUUUAAAUCUUUGGUUUGGUGUACAAGUGAGUAAAGUACUCUAGUUUUAACCAUAAUUGAACCUAAACACUCUACUCAGAGUCUCUCUCCAUCAGUGAGGGUGAACUUCUUCAGGGACCAACUGGAGAUUGGGUAGAAGAGGCCUGCAUCCUGAGUGUCAGUGACCACAGGUGGUUGAAGUCUCCCUUGGCCCAGGUGAUGAAGGUCAGGAAAGUGGGAGGAUCCUGUGCUACUUCCCUCUUACUAUAGCUUUACCGUGGGCUCCAACUAACCUGGGUAAAGUUGACUGCUGUCCACUCUAGGGAGGGUGCUACAAAUGGAGAUGAUCUCAGUAACAAACCAAUCUGCCCUUUUCACUGACUACAAGUCUCUGCUUAGGGUGGCUCCAUUGAGAUGUUUCUGCCUGACUUGAAUUGUGGGACUGGCAUGGUGGAGCCAUGGCUGAGUUCCCCGCAGUGACCACUACCAUGGUGUUGUAGCUCUUGUCUAGUGUGACUGUCUUAGGGAUCUUGCAGACCGAGAAUGGGGUGGCCAGGACAUCCAGAUUAUCCACUAGGAAAUCCUUAAUAUCCCAACACAUGGCAUUGCUGGAUAUCUUGAAGGUGUGUUCAUCCUCAUUAUCUGGGUAUCUGUGGGGCUGCCCCCAGAUAUUGGUGUGGCCCUAGACGGCCAGGAUCCGGGGUGAUCAUAGCUGCCAUCUUUGCACUCUUGUACCAUUGUGGCAAGAGGAAGCUGCAGAAUCCUCAGGUUUGACGCAGUCCCCACUGGCACAGUGUCUGCUGCCCCGGGAAACCUGCGUGGCCAUGUCGCUUCUCAUGAAGAACAAGAGCCUGCAGCCCUGAGAGAAACUGGCACUCCUGCAAUUCCUUCUCUCCUACUCAUGCACUGGUGCGAGUGGAGGUGCUUCAGUGGCGCUUUGCCUCCUGCUGAACUGCGCAUCUUUCCACAAGGGGAUCGAUCAUAUGUGAACGAAGUGGGCUGAUUGCAGUGUGAUGAGGCAGAGCGUUUCCUGUCUUGAAGGAGAUGGUGACUGGAGCUGCUGGGCUCAGCUGAAGAAGAGUAGGCAGUCCUGAAUGACUGAGGAAAUGUUUCUCGGGGAGUUAAGCACCUUACAUACUUCUUAGACAGUAAUUUCUUCAGAGAGCUGGGAACAUCGCAUGCCCAGAGUUCAUGCUUCCAUUGGCGAACACAUUGCUUGAGGGUCUAGGCCAGGAGGUUGUGUCCUACUUCUUGACCCAGGCCGCCUGACCCAGUCUGCACUCUCAAACACACAGUCCUUAACUCCCAGGCUGCUACACAAAAUGCCCACUCUGCCUGUCUUGGUAAACCCCAGCAAUGGGAAGACCACAGAAGGCCCCGGCCCUCCGCAGUGUGGUAGGUAAAAGGAAAGGGCUCUAGUGACUCAUCUUAAUGGAGAUCUCUACCCUGUGUUUGUCUAGUUUUUACUUAUGAAAGUAAAGUUGUGGGCUGGGGUUGUGACCCAGCGGUAGAGCGCUCGCCUAGCAUGCGUGAGGCCCUGGGUUCGAUCCUUAGCACCACAUAAAAAUAAAAUAAAGGUAUCAUGUCCACCUACAACUAAAAAAAAAGUAUUUUUUAAAAAAAGUAAAGUUGUGGUGACAUACUUUGCAAGUUUUGUUUAGGCAUUUGUGGGUGAAUUUAAUAGGUGCUUUUUAAAGUCAAAUGAGGUAAUGGUGUGUUUCUUUUAUUUUGAAUCCUGUUGGACUCAUAGGCAAAUUGAAGUAUAUCUCUAAUGUCAGUAAGACUUAAUUUUUAUGUAAUUCUUUUUUUCACUUAUUGAUGGACCUUUAUUUUAUUUAUUCAUUUAUAUGUGGUGCUGAGAACCCAGUGCCUCAUACAUGCCAGGCAAGCACUUUACCACUGAACCACAACCCCAGCCCCUAUAGUUUCUAAAUUGUUUUUAAUGGACCAAUGGAAAAAUUAGAUUUCCUUGUUGGGAUUUUCCUAAUAGUCUCAUGGUAGGUUUUUAUCCCUUUGUACAUACAUAGAUAUAUACGUACAUAUAUAUAUACAUAUUAUAUAUACAAACACAUGUAUUUGGUUUGGGGGGGACAAAGGACUUUUUUACAUUUUACAUCAGAUUUUGUAUUCAACGUUUGAUGUACGUUUUCUUCCAACACGAUUUAAAAAAAUUUUUUUUUAGUUAUACAUGACAGAAUAUACUUUGACACAGCAUACCUAUGUAGAGUUUGACUUCCAUUCUUGUGGUUGUAUAUGAUGUGGAGUUGCACUGCUUGUGUAAUCAUAUAUGGACAUAGGAAAGUUAUUUCCAAUUCUUUCAUUCCCAUUUCCAUCCCCCAAAACAUGGUUUCUUGUACAUGGUUUUUUAGAAUUUCCUUAGUGUCUUUAAGAAUUGUCAUUGACAACUUUAAGAAUUGUCAUCUUUUUCCCCAUUUUUAUAUUUCCACAUAAUUUUUUAACAAAAUUAAAAAUACAGUGAUGACAAUA